UGUGGUGUUUGUUUCUUUGUUCCAGUGCGAAAGACGCGGUUUUUACGACACUUUUGGACAACACGGACGAGCAUAACAGAAAUGGCCAAUUGUGGAAGUCCUGCUGAAGAUCUGUGUACAGGACAUCCUGGGAACGAGACUGAAGAUCUGCAUCCUGGGAACAAGACUUACAAUAGGGAGGACCAGACAAGUACUAAGCACGACUUUCUCAGAUUGGCUGCUGCAAAACCACCAGACAUAGUCGGACAGCAUUGCAGAGAAGAGCAAGCUUCAUGCGCGGGAACGUUUGAUGUGAAGGUUGAGAAGACUGAUUCCUUGUCACCAUGGUUACAAACAGAGGAUCCUGACGAAACUCUACUUCAAAACAAGACAGCAGACACGGGCGGACAGCGGGACAGGGGAGGGCGAGAUUCGGGUGAGGAGACGUUUUAUUGGGAGGUGAAGAAAACUGGCUCGUCAUCGCAGCUGGAACAGGGGAGAAACCUGCCUGUAGUCAGUACUAAAAAAACCUACAUGUGUGGAGAGUGUGGAUUCCAAGUACGUUAUCCUAGCGACCUGCGUAGACACAUGAGAACCCACACAGGGGAGAAACCCUACAAGUGUGACCAGUGUGACUAUUCUGCAACACAGAAAUCCUCUUUGACCAGUCAUCUGGUAAAGCACACCGGUGACAAACCCUACAUGUGUGACCAUUGUGACUAUUCUGCAGCACACAAAUCCUCUUUGAACUUUCAUCUUGCAAAACACACAGGUGAGAAACCCUACAUGUGUGGGGAGUGUGGGUACAGGACAGCUCACAAGGCAGACCUAUCGAAACAUAUGCGAACUCAUACCGGUGAAAAACCCUACAAGUGUGACCAGUGUGACUAUUCUGCUGCACGAAAAGUCUCCAUUUAUCCCGCCAUAUGA